GCACCAAUGGUACAGGAGGUGCGCAGCUGCAAAAUACAGAGGCAUCGUCAAGCUGUUUCACUUGAUUGUAAACACUGCGUGACUUGCUACGUCGUUACAUGGAGUAGUGUAACUUGCGAGGUAGACACUGAUAUAAAACUGAAGUAUUAUCUAUCCGGUCUAUUAGAUUGACCGUGAACAUAAUCUUAACAUACCAUACAUUUAGUUGCAAUGCAGUCAAUGGACACAGCGAUAUUUAUUAAUUUGCAUGCUAGCUACGAUGGCUAGCAAGUAAGCUUUGCCUUUGAAAGGUAACGUUAACGCUAUCUCCGUAGAACAGACUUGCCGAGCUACACAAAGUUGCAGGUAACUUAUUUAAAUGGCUAACGAGGUAAUGAUAGAAUAUUUUAACCGCACGAUUGAACGUCUACUUUAGUGAUACGGUAUCUUUACAUAGCUUGCAAGUUUUUAUUGAAUUCUAUGUCUUGGUACCAGGUAUGACACCAGCUACGCUAGCCAGUACUGUUAGCCAGAGCUGGCUAGCUAGCAAGCUGUCUGUCAUAUUGGGAUGACAGCUGACCAUGGAAAAGUAGUCUCGUUUUCUGCUCCUGUAGCAUCCUAGAUAACAAGUGUGUUUAUUUGCCAAUUUUUAGAUAAUACAACCGAUAUUGGUGUAAUAGCUAAAGCUCUUGAGCGGUUGUUGCCAGAACAGUACAUUGUGGUCUAUUAGCCAACUAACUGGAUAGUCCAACUGUUUUGAACAUGAAGUUCCAAUUCCACUGCCAGCUAAAGAAACGUGACGUCGUCCAUAUAUUUUUAUCGUAGUUCUUGCAUAACAGUCGGAAAUUAUCAGAUUAUUUUCGGCAUCUGUUUGUUUCUGGAAAGGGUUCCAGAUUACAGGCUACUAUCGGUGCCUUUAUAAAAUAUUACGCCCUUCUAAACGUAGUCAUCGAUACGUUGUCAAAAUGGCCAGAAUUCAACAAGGGAAUGGAUUGCAGUCGAGUGAAUCGAAAAGUUUUAAAGGCACCACAGAGAGCCUGGCCAAGCAUGAGGACAACUCAUCCGACUCCGAUGUCAACGGCAUUGAUAACGAGGUACAGACGGACAAAUACGGAUUCAUUGAGGGUGCCCAGCAGUAUUCUUCAAACUCCGCUGAAGACAUUCCUCCAGAGAUCCUGAGACAAAGGGAAGCCAAGUGGCUGGACAUGCUCAACAACUGGGACAAGUGGAUGGCCAAGAAACACAAGAAAAUGAAGGUGCGUUGUCAGAAGGGCAUCCCUCCGUCCUUGCGUGGCCGUGCCUGGCUCUACCUGUCCGGGGGGAAGGUCAAGAGGGAACAGAACCCGGGCAAGUUCCAGGAGCUGGACAGUCAACCAGGUGACCCACGCUGGCUGGAUGUGAUCGAGAAAGACCUGCACAGACAGUUCCCUUUCCAUGAGAUGUUUGUGGCACGGGGAGGCCAUGGGCAGCAGGAUCUGUUCCGUGUGUUAAAAGCCUACACUCUUCACCGGCCCGAGGAAGGCUACUGCCAGGCCCAGGCUCCCAUCGCUGCGGUUCUACUCAUGCACAUGCCUGCCGAGGAUGCAUUCUGGGGUCUGGUGCAGAUCUGUGAGAAGUAUCUCCCUGGAUACUACAGCGCUGGCCUGGAGGCCAUCCAGCUGGACGGGGAGAUCCAGUUCGCCCUGCUGAAGCGCGUGUCUCCCGUGGCCCACCGACACCUGAAGAAGCACAAGAUCGAGCCCAUCCUCUACAUGACGGAGUGGUUCAUGUGCGCCUUCUCGCGCACGCUGCCCUGGGCCUCCGUGCUGCGCGUCUGGGACAUGUUCUUCUGCGAGGGGGUGAAAAUCAUCUUCCGGGUUGGGCUGGUGCUGUUGAAGUGCAUGCUGGGAACUCAGGAGAAGCUGAAGGCCUAUCAGGGCCUGUACGAGUCCAUGGAGCUGCUGAGGCACAUAGAGCCGCGCUACAUGCACGAGACCUUCUUGGUGAACGAGGUGGUGGAGCUGCCGGUGUCGGAGCGGGACAUUGAGAAGGAGCACCUGGCCCAGCUCCGGCGCUGGAAGGAGACGCGCGGAGAGCUGCACUGCAAGUCCCCUCCCAGAAUGCACGGCGCCCGCGCCAUCAUGACCGCCGAGCCGCCCAGCCGGCAGGACCUGCGCCAGAAUCCCACCAUCAUCGUGGAGUCGCCGGUGGCGACGGCAACCACCACCACCACCGGGAACGAGGGAGGCCGCGGCUCGUCCGCCGAGGACGAGAAGGGGAAGAAGAGCAAGAGGAAGAAGAAGACGGGGAAGGAGGAGGAGAGGGAGAAGGAACAGGAACAGAAACAGGCACAGGCACAGACGGCAGAUGCCGUGCCGCCGCCACCAGCAGCGGAGGGGCCCAGCCCUUUCCCUGCGCUCGCCGAGCCUGAGGACAUACCAAGCGUCCUCGGGUCCCUCCAGAGCCUGAGCAGCGUGGAGCACGACACCUACCUGUAG